CUCUAAAAUUCCCUCGUAAUUUUGUCUGUAUUUCUCUUUCUUACGUAUAUCUUAUAAUCUCAUUCUCAACUCUUUAAAAGCUCAGCUGAGGAAAAGCUGUGUCUCUUUUCGGUUAAUAGCAGCCAAAAUAACAUACUCAGCUCUCUUUCACUCAUUUUUGCUCUGAGAAGCCGACUUACACUGUGUUGGCAUUUUUCUCUCUCUCAAUUUUUUUCCUUUCUUUUCAUCUUUUUGGGUUGAUUUUCAGCCGUUUUAUUUGGGCAGAGAUGGGUGUAUGAGAUUUUGCUGGUUUUAUUGAUAUCGUGGCUGAUACUGAGACUAUUAACAUCACUUGGUUGACCCCACUUGCCAGAAUUCAAUUUCUUUUCCUAUUCUGUUUUGUUUUCUUUGAGAAGCAAAUUAAUCAAUACGAACUCUUUGUCUCUUUACCCAUUAUUGUUGGAUGUGUGAGGUGUUCUUGAGCUGUUAUAUCCAUAAGUGGGUCUCUUGGUGCUCAAAUUUUGGUGUAUGGGUUUUUCGUUUUUGUUUGGGACAAGAUUGACUUAUCAACUACUAGUUUCAGUUCAAUUUUCAGUCUUUCUUCCUGGGUUCCUUUAUGCUUGGAGUUCUGCUUCUUCUUUCUUCUUAAUUAGAGGUUGAAUUUCAAUUGCCCUCUUUAUGGUUAGAGAGAUAAUAAGUUUUUUUUUUUUGUAGUUGUCAACCUUUUCCGAGAGUUUUAUUGUGGUUUGUACUGAACAUGGAUUUCAAGUGAAGUAUGAAUUUGAAGAUCUAGAUUUGCGUGUAUCUAUCUAUAUUUAAUUGUAUUGAUAGAUUUCGAGGAUUUCUGAGAUUUGGUUUAGUUUGUGGAGUGAGUAACUGAUAAGAAAAGCUACUGUAAAGAAACUGAGGGGAACUUCUUUUGCCUUAUCGAAGCUUCAAAAGUCAAUAAGCAUACAUAUUAGAAUGGCUUCAAGAGUUGAGGAUGAUCAAGAAACAGAUACUAGAGGCAGUAUGUGGGUUUUGGAUCAGAAGCUUGACCAGCCAAUGGAUGAGGAAGCUGGGAGGCUCAGGAGUAUGUACAGGGAAAAGAAAUUCUCAGUGUUAUUGCUUCUGAGGCUUGCAUUCCAAAGUCUUGGAGUGGUUUUUGGAGACUUGGGUACUUCUCCCUUAUAUGUCUUCUACAAUACAUUUCCUGGGAAAAUAGAUAAUUCAGAAGAUGUGAUUGGUGCUCUGUCAUUGAUAAUAUACUCUCUCACUCUUGUUCCUCUUCUCAAGUAUGUUAUCGUUGUGUGCAAGGCAAAUGACAAUGGUCAAGGUGGAACAUUUGCUCUUUAUUCCUUGCUAUGUCGACAUGCAAAAGUUAAAAUUAUUCCUAACCAACACCGGACUGAUGAAGAGCUAACCACAUAUAGUCGUUCUACUUUUCAUGAACAGUCUUAUGCUGCAAAAACCAAGAAAUGGCUGGAAGAGUAUGCAUACAGGAAGACUUCCCUUCUUCUUCUUGUUCUUGUUGGCACUUGUAUGGUGAUUGGUGAUGGGAUUCUCACUCCAGCUAUAUCUGUCUUAUCAGCUGUUGGUGGGAUCAAAGUAAGAGGCCCCACUAUGAAUUCUGAUGUUGUUAUACUUGUUGCGGCUGUAGUAUUAGUAGGACUGUUUAGUAUGCAGCACUAUGGCACAGACAAGGUUGGUUGGCUCUUUGCACCGAUUGUUCUGCUAUGGUUUCUCAUGAUUGGAGGUAUAGGCAUAUACAACAUUUGGAAAUAUGACAGUAGUGUUCUCAAAGCUUUCUCGCCUGUGUAUAUAUACCGGUAUUUUAGAAGGAAUGGAAAAGAUGGAUGGACCUCCCUCGGUGGUAUAAUGCUUAGCAUAACAGGAACAGAGGCACUCUUUGCGGACCUUGCCCAUUUUCCAGUUCUAGCUGUUCAGAUUGCUUUCGUUCUAAUUGUCUUUCCUUGCCUUCUUUUAGCUUAUUCCGGACAAGCUGCAUACCUUAUGCAAAACCAUGAUCAUGCAAGCGAUGCAUUUUAUCGUUCUAUUCCAGUAAGCAUAUAUUGGCCUGUAUUCCUUGUUGCAACUGCAGCAGCUAUUGUUGCAAGUCAGGCUACCAUAUCUGCUACAUUUUCAAUCAUUAAGCAGGCACUUGCUCAUGGAUGUUUUCCAAGAGUCAAAGUUGUGCAUACAUCGAAGAACUUUCUCGGCCAGAUAUAUGUGCCAGAUAUCAAUUGGAUCCUCAUGAUUCUUUGUAUUGCUGUGACAGCUGGAUUUAAAAAUCAAAACCAAAUUGGAAAUGCUUAUGUUAACCAAUGGCUUAUCAGAAGAGGUCUGGAUGAAGAAACCAAAACAUUAAAAAAUAUAAAUAGAUUCAAGGUGGAGAGUUCUCACAUUGAACAAGCUGUGGGACUGCUGUUGUGAUAGUCAUGUUGGUCACUACACUGCUAAUGACUCUAAUCAUGAUUUUAGUUUGGCGCUGCCAUUGGAUUAUCGUUGUGAUCUUCACUGGUUUAUCACUGCUUGUGGAGUGCACUUACUUUUCUGCUGUACUUUUCAAAGUGGAUCAAGGUGGAUGGGUACCACUUGUGAUCGCUGCUGCUUUUCUUCUCAUAAUGUUUGUUUGGCAUUAUGGAACUGUGAAACGCUAUGAAUUUGAAAUGCAUAGUAAGGUUUCGAUGGCAUGGAUUCUUGGACUUGGUCCAAGUUUAGGACUUGUUCGGGUUCCUGGUAUUGGACUUGUGUACACCGAACUUGCAAGUGGUGUUCCUCACAUAUUCUCUCACUUCAUCACAAAUUUACCAGCCAUCCAUUCAGUUGUUGUAUUUGUUUGUGUGAAGUAUCUCCCAGUAUACACGGUGCCAGAGGAAGAAAGAUUCCUGGUAAAGCGAAUCGGACCAAAGAACUUCCACAUGUUCCGCUGUGUUGCAAGAUAUGGCUAUAAAGACCUUCACAAGAAAGAUGACGAUUUCGAGAGAAAGCUUUUCGAGAACCUUUUCAUGUUUGUACGGCUAGAAGCCAUGAUGGAAGGUUGUUCUGACUCUGAUGAUUACAGCAUUUACGGCCAGCAAACUCAGCAGUCAAGAGAGGGCCUAUUGAACAACGGUGGUAACACAACUCGCUCCAGUGUCGAUCUUACUGUCUCUUCGGUGGAUUCAAUUGUACCUGCUAAGUCUCCAACGCAUUUAAACUAUAAUACGGUCGGGUCUUCAGGUCAGGUAAGCAGUCACACCGAGAUUGAUGAGCUAGAAUUUUUGAAUAGUUGUAGAGAUGCUGGAGUGGUGCACAUAAUGGGGAAUACUGUAGUCAGAGCAAGGAGGGAAUCAAGGUUCUAUAAGAAAAUAGCUGUUGAUUAUAUAUAUGCAUUUCUUAGGAAGAUAUGCAGGGAGAAUAGUGUGAUAUUCAAUGUUCCCCAUGAGAGUCUAUUAAAUGUUGGUCAAGUUUUCUUUGUCUAACUUCUAUUUUUGCACUAUCAUCCUUCAAUAAUAUAUUUUACAUCUCAUCCUUGUAC